AUGUCGCUGUCCCUGUCCAGCAUCCCUGUAGUGCUGAAGGACAAGAGCUACCAAGCCGGCAUGCUGAAGGGCAGUCCUGCCCGAGGCUUCUACCCUGCCCCUCUCCCCGGCCCCCAUCACUACAUGGACUUCUUCCCGCGGACGCACAGCCUCCUCCACCCUCUCAAAUCCCUCGGUCGUCUGGUGUCGGACACUCAGGCUUCCCUGCAGCUCAGCCUGCACGGCGGAACCCCUCCGUUCCUCGGCCAGGGCGGCCACCAAGCCUCGGUCCUGCACGAACACAUGUUGGGCGCCUCCGGCUUCCCCUACCUGAGCCAGAUGUUGCCCGGACACCCUCUAUACUCCAAACCUGAGGAGCUGGCUGCCGUGGUGACGGAGCACGCCGCGGGUCCGCUGUCUUCGGACUUCAGCAGUCCGUCCAGUGAAAGGUCCUCCUGUGCAUCUUCUUCAUCCACCUCGCCGCCCAAGCAGACUUUAUUUCGCUCCCAGGGCGCAGACGUGUCGCCAGAAAAAACGCGCACAUCUUAUAACUUCAGCGAGGAUGAUUUGUUCAUGGUGCUGUACGGUUACUCCAGCAACCAGGAGGGCAGCGUGGGUCACGCUAUAUCAGGAGUGGCCCUGCCCGAAAACCAAGUGUCUGACAGUCAUAUCCUCCCACUGGACAAAGAAGCUCUUGAACUUCCAGAAGGGUUAACCCUCCUCCGGGCAACUUGGGGAAACGUCUCCCAUUGUGGGGUUUUCACAGACAAAAGCAGCAUUCCUAAAGCGACGCGCUUCGGACCUUUCCAAGGAAAACUGGUCAAUACCAGCGAGAUUAAAACAUACGACGAUAACACUCUGAUGUGGGAGGUGUUUGAGAACGGCCGGUUGAGUCAUUUCGUGGAUGGCAGAGGAGGAUCAGGGAACUGGAUGUCCUUGGUAAAGUGUGCUCGUUUCCCAGAGGAACAGAACCUGAUUGCUGUGCAGGUCCAGGGUCAGAUCUUCUACGAGGCCUGCAAGGAGAUCAGGCCAGGCCAGGAGCUGCUUGUGUGGUAUGGAGACUGCUACAUGCAGUUCCUCGGCAUCCCACUCACCCUGAAAGACCCCAGAGAGGACACCGACGUGAUUCCUCCCACUGAAGACACCGGUGAGGGGUUCAAGUGUGACAGAUGCGGGAAGGUGUUUGCAUACAAAUACUACAGAGACAAACAUUUGAAAUACACACGCUGCGUGGACCAGGGCGACAGGAAGUUCCCCUGUCACCUCUGCAACAGAUCCUUCGAGAAGAGAGACAGAUUAAGGAUCCACAUCUUACACGUUCACGAGAAACACAGGCCUCACAAGUGCUCGGUGUGUGGAAAGAGUUUUUCCCAGUCGUCCAGCCUUAACAAACACAUGCGUGUGCACUCCGGAGAACGUCCAUACAAGUGUGUCUACUGCAAUAAGGCCUUCACUGCCUCCAGCAUUUUGCGCACACACAUCCGCCAGCACUCCGGAGAGCGGCCCUUCAAGUGCAAGCACUGCGGGAAGGCCUUCGCCUCCCACGCCGCGCACGACAGCCACGUCCGGCGAACCCACGCCAGAGACAAGCCCUUCAACUGCGACCUGUGCGGAGCUUCCUUUCAAGAGGAACAGGGCCUGAAAUACCACAUGAAAAGUCAUAAAAAAAGGGAACUCUUGGACAGCGCAGUUCUUCCGUCUUCUCCAGAGAAUGAAGCAUUGGAGGACUCCGCGUUUCCAGUGAAGGACAAUCCAAAAAAUCAGAAAAACGCCGGACAAAACUUCCCUUACACCGGGUUAACAGCUUUAAACCCAGAAUAUCGGCCCUGGAACUAAUGGUCUAUUAUCUAAAUUAUGGAGUAAAACCUGACAAAGAUCCUGUGAAAUGUUUUAGAGGAUUUUAGACGAUACUAAUACCACGAGAAGACAGAGAAAUAAAUAAAUGGGCCUAAAAUGAGGUGAAAUAAGAAAAAAAAAAAAGAUUUUGUUGUACAGGCAUAUUUAAAUAGGUACAUGAUAAUUUAAAUUGUCAGGCAAAAAUGUGUCUAAAUCUAUUUAUAUGUUUUGUGUUGUUUUGUGGCUUAAAGCUUUCACUCUGCAAUGUUUUUGUGUACCCAGUGUGAUAACAUAACAAUAGCAGCGAUUAUUAUUAUUAUUAUUAUUAUUAUUAUUAUUAUUAUUAUUAUUAUUAUUAUUACGUUGGGUUUUCUUGCAUCAUUAACGCUUGAAAAGCAAAGCUAUUUUUAUUCAUUGUAGAUUUGAGUCUAUUUGUGUAAAAAAGAAAUCUUAUACUCUCUCUUAAUUUAUAAUGUCUGAUAAUAUUUUUACUGUGAUGUAAGACCUCAAAAGCAAAUCGAAAGUGUCCUCGUUUGUUCAUUAUGAGCUUUUUCAUGGAUAACAAAUAAAA